AUGGUCGGAUCGUCCAAUAGGAGCCAAGGCCAGAGAGAAAAGACGGCCAGUGAGUCAGCGUCCCUCCUCAGUCUCCUGCUCGGUGUGGAGACCCAGACGUCCUCUCAGACCUCGGAGGAAUCGGAGGAGCAGAAGAACCACGUCGGCCAGAGACUUCAGAGAGAGCUCAGCAGCUUCUUCAACACAAUCCUGCUCCGAGUCACACACACCACUGACAGGCUCUGUCUGGCGUUAGCGGGCCCGCUUCAGAGCCAGCUGGCGGUGCGUUUGCUCCAGAGUCUGAGGGUGUCUGACGCCCCGCGCUUCUACGGCCUCCCCAGCCUGGAGAGGACUCUGCUGGGCAUGGUCCGCCUCACCGCACAGCCCGGAUGGAGCUCUCACUGUGCUGACAUGGAGCCCAAGAUACUCUGCUCCAAGUACCUCAGCGGGCUGCUAGAGGUGAUCUCCUCGUUUUACGUGGAGUGGGGGGGAAACUCCAUGUCCUUCAUGGGGAAAGGUGUGACCAAGAACGCCGUCAUCUGCCUCCUUCACCUGUCCCACGAGAUGCUGAUGGAGAACAAAGACAAGGACUUCAUUUCCCAGUGGUCUUUGGGGAAUGAUGUGUCUUCUGAGGACACUAACCCCUCUCAGCUCGGUUUGGCCUGGCUCAUCCCUCUGUGGGUCGACCGCGAUCAAGAGGUGAGGUUUUCCUCUCUGGGUCUGGGGGCCGCUCUGACCUCGGGGUCCAGCGGGUGUCAGGCUCUGUGUGCCAGCUGUCAGAACAUCAGUGGAGGGUUGUGGGGAACGCUGCUCAACAUCCUCCUGGAUCAGCAGGAGAGCAGCAUGGUCCGCAGAGAGGCUGCAUUCAUCCUGCAGAACUUGCUGGUGAUGCCCAUGCCUGCCAACGCAGAGGAGGCCAAGGACUCCCACUGGCAGCACCCCUGUGUCCAUGAUGAAGAGUCGGGCGUGUCUCUGGUGGGUCUUCCAGCGCUGCAGGCUCUUCUGUAUCACUGUCAGUACUUCCAACAUGUGGCUCUCUGCGCCUCCAAAUGUUACCGAGGCCGGCUCACCUUCCACCUGCAGCCUCGGGCCGGGGGACCCCAUGAGAGCCAGUCACUGGACUCUGAGAGCUCUCUGUGGAUUUGGAGAUGUGACCCCCCUGUGGACUCCAGCAGGCCGUCCAGCUCGCUCUCCACAUCCAGCACUGUGAUAAGGGCUUCAGGGCCACACACCCCGAAGAGUCCCUCCCCACUGAGCGUCACUGAGGACGCUCCAGCCAGCAGACUGACGGCUCAAGGUCAGAGUGAGACGGACUCCAGCGACUCGUUGACUUCGGCAGAUUCCCGACACGGCGACCAAUCGACGGCCGUAGAUCCCGUAUCGAUGGUAACCCCAGAUCUGAUGACGUCUCACUGCGGCCUGCUGACCAACCUGCUGUCCAUCCUGCCCGAAUUCACCCUCAGCGCCGUCACACACCAUCACAUCCUGCGCGCUCUGGCCAGUCUGGUGGAUGUUCGGCCGAUCGAGACGUGUCUCAGUGAGCUGAAGACGCCCAACGUGCCACCAGGAGAGAGAGAAGACAUCAAGAUCCAGUUCGUGACACAGCUUCAGUUCCUGUCCGGCUUCUGCAAACUGCUGGGGUCAUGUGUCACCGUGAGCUCGCAGCUGAUUGGUCAGAUGGACUUCCUCAAACAGCUGCUGACGGCUCUGGUUGCUGCGCUCAUGCUGGAUAUCAAAGGAUUAGACGCAGGUUCCCGGGUGUGUGUGUGUGUGUUCUGGGCCGACGUGUUGACGCUCCUGGCGACUCUGGUGAGGAGGGACGUCUCUGCAGCGUACCCAUCUGUCUCCGCUGCGCUGGGGAGGCGCUGGCACACAUUUGCAGGAACGUUAUCAGUGUGUGUGGCGGAGGAGUUGGCAGACUCUGCUCUGCACACAGCGGCUCUGCAGUUCCUCAGCACGGUUUUCAGCGAGGAGACAAAGGGUGCAGAGGUCACAAACUCUAAACAUGUCUCCGCUUUGUGGGACAUUUUAAACGGUCCCUCGGCCAACCAGCUGUGUGACCUUCUGCUGCAGAGUUUGGACAAGAGGACUUUUCAGGAUCCUCUGAAGAAGCCGACAGCCCGAGCUCUGAUGGCGCUGUUAUCGUGCAGCCGCUCCGCUCAGAGCCACGCAGCCAAAGCUGGUCUUAUUGACAGCUGUGUGGAGCAGAUGAAGAAGACUCACUCUCAGCUCCACCUCGAGUCCAUCCGACCCGGGAAGGCUUCCCACCGCAGGAAGGAGGAGGGCUAUUUGAAGGAGGUGAAGCUGAGUGUGGAGGUCCUCCGAAGCGCUCUCUAUCUCAACGAGGAAUGCAAAGUGAGCGCCUGCCUUUUAAUUCCCCUCUGCUGA